AUAAGAACAAGGUUCCUUGGCAGGUGUCAUGUUUUGUGUGCUGUUGUUUACUCUUGAUUCAGUGUGGUUCUUGGUUUUUGAUGCAGAGAUGCUGUGGGAUUCUGUGAGCCUCAGAAACCUGUUUGAUGAUUUCAAUAACCUAGCAAAAGGAUCUAGGAGAGGGUAUGUUAAGAAUGCCGUGAAGUUAAUGUCACUCUGAUAAUGACAAUCAUGUCAGCAUUUAAUAUCAGUUAUCAAUCAGACUCAACAUCCACAGUAUCAACCUUGAAUCUGGAAUCCUCCUACUUUAUGAAGUCUGCCUGUGACAGAUGCCCAAACCAUUUUUUCUUUCUCCUUUUGUUUACACAUGUUAAUUUACUCCUGGGAUGGCAACAGCUAUGCUAUGAAAUUGUCAGAGCUGAUCAAUCAGUCAGUAGCAUCCUCUAGGUUAAAUGCAAUAACACGACAAUUCUCCAGUUACCUGUUAACUCUUCGUCCUUGUUUUCAAAGCUCACCUCAUUCUCUUAUAUGAGUAAGUGCGUGUAGUGCUGGGGACAGGGAACGAGAAGCGUAUCACUUGAGAAACAUUAUCACGUUAGAGUUGGGUGUUUCCUCUGGAAGAGAACAAGCCUAAACAGAACCUUCUAGGUCUGUGGUAAGCAGGAAGGCACCCUGAGUGAGAUUAGAGAUGCUGCUGUAGAUGACUUGUAAUGAAGUCCAAACUCUACUGAGCAACUUUAGGAAUCAGAAGGUUGGAAGUGAGAAGAUGUUGCAUUCUUAGGGAUCAUUUUCACAUAAACUGACUUUCUUGCACGCAAGAAAAGUAAAGUUGGUGGGGGAAACAACUGAAAAUCCAAAGACUACUAUAUAAAUUUGAAGCUAGCUUACUGGAUUUUGUGCACAGUCCUCAAGCUUUUUAUAUGAAAUGGGAAAACCAACCCUUAAUUUAGAGUUAAUCUUAAGAAUCCAAUGUUUUAAAGCCUUUAGUUCUGAUUCAUGAUAGGUAUUUAAUAAUUACCUGUAUCAGUAAUGGUAACAAUGUCAGGCUAAGGCAAAACCAGACACGGGAAGCAUGAAUCAGGUGAUCAGAGAAUGAACUGAUUCGGUGUAUAUAUUAAAUAGAGUGCAUUAGGCAAGGGUGUUGCAAGGACUGAUGUGAUAGUGACCUUGUUGCUAAGUACAGAAGCAAAACAGUGACAUAAAAACAAGUGUGCUAAGUACUGAGUGGAGGAGAGAGAUGCAGACAGACGCUGCAGGGGAAAAAAGCUGAUUAAAAAGGGCCCUUUGAUUCCACAGGCAUAAAAAUCCACAGCCAGGAAUUUGCUGCCACCUCUGAGUCAGGCAGGGGUGGGAGGUGGGGGUGCAGGGCCCCAUCAAAGAAUGCCCAGUGGCUUUAGACUGCGACAGUCCCAUUUCUGAUUGGGACCAGUGUGGACCUAGCACAGGACUCAAGUAGAGAAUGGCUUUUGCAGAGCGUUCACCUGGGACCCCUCGGCGACGGGACCUCUGCAGCCGUUCCAUCUGGCUGGUGCGGAAGAUUCGUUCAGACCUGACUAGUCUUACGGAGUCUUAUGUGAAGCAUCAGGGCCUGAACAAGGAUGUCAGCCUGGACUCUGUGAUCGGUGUGCCGACAGCGAGCGCUGCCCGGUGGGGUGAGCUGAGCGAGGCAGAGCGGCUGCAGGAGAACCUCCGGGCUUACCGCACCUUCCACAUCCUGCUGGGCCGACUCUUGGAGGACCAGCGGGUGCACUUCACCCCAGCCGAGGGCGACUUCCAUCAAGCCAUCCACACUCUCGGGCUCCAGGUUUCUGCCUUCACCUACCAGCUGGAGGAGCUGAUGGCACUCCUGGAGCACAAGGUCCCUCCAAAUGAGGCCCACGAGAUGCCUGUGGGUGACGGCGGUCUCUUUGAGAAGAAGCUGUGGGGCUUGAAGGUGCUGCAGGAGCUUGCCCAGUGGACUGUGCGGUCCAUCCACGACCUGCGUUUCAUCUCCUCUCGGCAGGCAGGGGUCCUCGCCCUCGAGAGCCAGAAGAUGUAGAAAGCAGUCCUCCUGAGUCUGAGCGUCCCUUCUGAUGGGAUGUGCAACGUUCUGUGCGGCCCAAUUCACCUGUCUUUGGCUGUGAAAAGCUUUAAGACCUGGUCGAGUGGGGCUGGAGACAAGGAGGGGCUGUGCAGCCUCCCACCCCGCGCUCUAACCUUUCCACCCACUAAAUGACCUUUACCGCAGCAGCCUUAGGAUCUGAAGGUAAAUACUUACAUGCCAGUGCCAGAUGACUUCCAAGAAGAUUGAACCAGUAAGUAAAGAAUGAUGCACUCUUGCUGUUCAAGACUUUCAGGUCUUGAGACUAAUGAUGUGUGUUCUGAGGAGCUGUCCUGGCAGGGCACUCACUGGGAGGUGUACUCACAGUCACACUGGCUUGGAGGAUGCAGCCAUGGACUCUCCCGGCAUGGAAGGAAAUCUGUCACAGCUCCUCUGGAGUCAGUAGCAGAGUUUAGUGUAAGAAGGCAGUAUUGGUUACCCACACCUGACGAAGAGAACAGCUGAAGGGCUUCAAUUUUGAGGCCCGCCAGACUCGGAAGCAACAGCGCAGUGAUGCAGCGUGGUACAGCAUAUCUCCAGGGCCUCUCAGCACUGGACUCAUUCUUCCGGUGAUCAGAGGCCCUGCAAGCCAAGCUUGGAGGAGCGAUGGGUGGAAUCUUACCCAGGUUAAAAAGUCAGGCCUCAAUCCAAUCAGCUCAUGUUCCCCAGACUUAUUCAUGAGGACGACGGGCAGAGGCCAGCUCCUUCCCCCUGGGAAUGCCAGAGAUUCUGACAUGAUGGGCAGUGAGGCUUCUGCACUGCACGGCAAAGGACCAGAGCUGUUCUCAAGAGAGCCCUUGGGGCUGGGGAUUUAGCUCAGCUGCAUAAGCACCUGCCUUGCAAGCAGGCAGUCAUGAGUUCAAUCCCUGGUACCGAUAAAAAAAGAAACAAAACAAAACAAACAAAUGAAAAAGAGAGCCCUGCAUGGUUCAAGGCUGGCCCCCAAGCAUGGUCCCUGGAAGGGUGGAAGGGUCGUUAGUGGCCUGGUCAUGUCCUAGUGGUAUGGCAUGAAUGCAGAUGUUUUCAAGUGUCAUUUACUUUACAUUUAACCUGUAAUUAAAGCUCAAGAUCUUGGAUUAAGGGUGCAAUAAAUUUAGUUCAACUAA